UGCAAGUUCUAAUGGAGUAGAGAGGUGACCUAGCCAUCGCCUUACUUCAUGAUGCCACCUCUGACUAGUGGAAGCGUGCGGGAGAGAACAUCCCAGAGCCAAUGCCAUGGGGAACCUUCGACGAGCUCUUUCGGGAGGAGUAUGUGCCCGAGCACUUCAUGGAGGAGAAGCGAGACGAGUUCAUGAAGUUCACCCAGGGUGAACUUACACUUCUUAAGUAUCGUCAAAAGUUCGACAAGCUAGUCGAGUUCGGCCGAUACCUGGUACCGAAGAUGGAGAAGCAGUGCAAGCGUUUCAUGGAGGGACUACGCCUUGACUUGUCCUCAGGGCUGAUCAGUGCACCCAGGAACAACAUCAACACCAUGUACAAGCAGGCAUUGGAGCUUCAUGUGGCUCAACUUAGAAAGGCCGAGUACGAGCCGACCCAGGCAGCACUUCUUUGUCCACCUCCACCACCUAGGACCAGCCUGAGCGACAAAAGGCCUCCCUCUGUGCCGAGCAGUUCGAACCCAGGCAAGAAGGCCAAGUCAGCGCUUGCCCCGUCAUUAGCUCCCUCACAGAAGAGUGGAAAGAGCCAGAGCGGAUACCGUUACCCGAUAUAUACCCUUUGAGGGUGAAGGCACCCUUGGGGAGUGUUGGUUUACUCAGGGUCUAUGCCUUGUAUAACACCCCAAAACAUACCCUAAAAUUAUUAAUAGAUAAUUAUUCAAUUUAAUCGAAUUUGUUUUGAUUAAAAUAAAUUGUUGUUGGGCUU